AUGACUGCAGCAGAGAAAAUAAUCUUUUGUAGUGUGUUAAAAGGGGCAAAAUUACCAGACAACAGCGGUUCUAAUAUCGCUCGAUGUGUGCAGCAAACGGAAAAGAAGAUUUCUGGUUAUAAGACCCAUGAUGCUCAUUUCAUGUUACAUUACUUGUUGCAAGUACCGAUCAAGAGCAUACUUCCUGACCAUGUUGCCAUCGCUUUAGUUCGAUUAUGUUCAUUUUUUCGCCGGAUAUGUCAGAAGGUAAUUAGCCUAGAUGAGGUAGUUAACUUAGAAGCAGAGAUUGCUGAGACAUUAUGCCAAUUGGAGAGGAUUUUUCCUCCAAGCUUUUUUGACAUAAUGGUGCACUUGCCUAUCCAUUUGGCAAAUGAAGUGAGGUUAGGUGGUCCAGUUCAAUAUCGUUGGAUGUACCCUGUUGAACGAUAUAUGUGCACACUAAAAUCAUAUGUUCGUAACAGAAGUCGUUCAGAAGGAUCCAUUGCUGAAGGAUAUUUGGCGAAUGAGUGUAUUAAUUUUUGCUCAAGAUAUUUGCAUGAAGAUUCCAGACAAGAUUCAACAGAGUCCCUCGAAACAAUGAUGAGUGUGUUUCAGAUGAGCUGCGAACUCCGAGAUGUGCCUGGUUGGGCAAAAGGGUUGGCUAGGGGUCCAAAUAGAGUUGCAAAAAGAUUUUCAGGUUAUGUUAUCAAUGGGUAUAGGUUUCAUACAAGGCACCGUGAUGCGAGACGUAAAACCCAAAAUAGUGGUGUCACAUUGGAGGCAUUGACUCCUAGUUUUGCUACUGUGAAAGAUAAGAACCCAAUUGAAGCCAAAGUAACCUACUAUGGUAGAAUAGUUGAUAUGUUUGAAUUAGAUUAUUAUGGCCAAUUUAAGGUAGUCCUGUUUAAGUGUGAGUGGUAUACAGUUGCAAAAGACAACUUUGGUCUCUCAUAUGUGUAUUUCAGUAAGAAAUGCUACCAGGAAGAACCAUUUGUGCUAGCAUUCCAAGUAAACCAAUGCUUUUAUGUGCAAGACUCAUAUGUGAGUGACAAACACUAUGUUAUGAAAACAAUUCCAAGAGAUUUAUUUAGGAUAAGUGAUGACCUUGAGUCUGAUUCCCCCAUAAUAUAUGCAAGGGAGCCAUGUGAACCUGAAGUGAUUCCCAGUCUCCCAAAUGAUAAUGGCGAAGUUGAUCUAGUGAGGAAUGAUCUACGAGCAACCAUUAUAGAUGUGGCUCCAAAUAUGUUUGCCAAACAACGUGGUGAGGAAGAUGAGGAGAGUGAAUACGAGUACAUGGAGGACUCUGAUUCUGAAACAUCUUGA